AUGCCCCCUCCGGUUCUGGAGCCAAAGCUCCUAACCACGCUUCCAUCCAAAUUUCGCACUUUUGGCGUAUCAGAGCACUCGACAAACCAGAAACGUGGACGACCACUCGACAGCUUCCUUGAAGGGCCAGUCGUCAUAGACGACACGCUGUAUCUGGCCGACAUCCCGUACGGUCGGAUCUUCGCCGUCAAUCUCAACACAAAUGAAUGGAACCUUGUGAUACAGUACGACGGUGAGCCCAAUGGUCUAGCAUGGCAUAAAGAGCGGCGCCAACUCCUCAUUGCCGACUUCAAGCACGGCAUCCUUGCUCUCGACCUGAAAACCAAGAUCAUGACCACUGUGAUGGAACGCUUCAAUGGCGAGCGGCUCAAGGGCCCCAACGACCUGAUUGUCACCUGCGACGGCAGUAUUAUCUUCACAGAUCAGGGUAUGAGUGGACUUCAAGACCCGACGGGACGUGUAUACCGCAUCGGCCCAGGCUUCAACACAGACGCUGGCCCUAACCGCGUCGAGGUGCUGCUUCGCAACUGCCCUUCACCCAAUGGCCUAGUUCUCGAUAAAGAUGAAAAGAAUCUCUUCGUCGCCAUGACAAGGGAUAACAGUGUCUGGCUUGCUCCCCUGUACCCAGAUGGCAGUGUGCAGCGAACGGGGCGGUUUUCGAGCUACUUUGGUGUUGGGGGAGCUGAUGGCCUGUUGACGAAUAGGGAGGGUGAUCUUUUUGUUGCUCAUUCUACACUGGGCACAGUUUUUGUGCAUCGCAAGGACGGCACACCGCGCGCAACCAUUACAACAAAAGGUUUUGGUUCCGGCACGACUAAUUUGACUUGGGGAGAAGGGCCUGAGAAGAUUCUCUACAUUGUUGAAAGUGAAUCUGGUACAAUUCUGACAUUAGAUUGGUGUAAUGUAGCGCCUUUGUGA